GGAGGACAGAGCGAAUGGUGGCGAUGUCACAUUGCAAGGAUGGCUGCGAUGAUCGAUGUCAUUGAUGAUGAUGCACAGAUGGAUGAUGGCGCUUUGCUUGUGAUGCACACAAAACCUGCACCCUGCACCAAGCGACGCAUUCUCUCAGUACAGACCACACAGCACAGCACGGCAACCAACCAAACAAAACCAAACCCCCAACAACAGCUGAAGUGGAAUACAGUGUCAAGUGCGCAAGUGGCUGGCUCAACGCUGUCUGUACAAUUUGGUGCGGAGUGACGGCACACAGCGCUCACGAUCACAACACAUCACAGCACUGACAAAGGAUGAUUUCGACGGCGAAGAUGGGGUCAACAAAGGAGGAGAAGAAGCUGGUGAAGCAGCAGAAGGCGGAGCAGAAGCGGCUUGCCAAGCAACUCAAGGUUGAGGAGAAGCAGCGCAAGAAGGAGGUGAAAAAGGCAACCAAGGAGGCCAAGAAACGCCAUGUGGACGUCGACGUUGUUCUUCGCGAGAAAGGCCUGUCCACGGACGGCUCUCCCCUUCCAAAGCAAGACCAAGAAGAAAAGCAGCAAGAUCAAAAGCAGCAGCAGCAGCAGCAGCAGCAAGUGCAGCAGGAGGAGCAAGACUCGCGCGCAUCAAAGGAUGACAACAACAGCCAAGCCGUUGAGGAGGCAACCGCAACCAACAACGAGACAGCACAAGCAGAGCUCGGAAGCGAUGCUGCUGCUCAGCAACAGCAAGAGCAGCAGAAAGAGGAGGACAAAGAGAAGCAAGGCAAGGAAGAAACAAAGCAGGACGCGACAGCAUUGGCCAAUGGUGAACCCAAGCAACAGCCGGCCGCGUCCCAGGACAACAAGGACGCUGCUGACACGAGCCAGGAGAAUGCGGAUGGACAAACUAGCCCCGAUGCCAACAAUGAUGCAGAGCCCACGCCGCCAUCACCACCACCGCGGGCCGUCGACAGGCCGGACAGCGCGGACGGCGCCAACGACACGGAACAGGGCGAGCAGGACGACAUCAGUGGCAGCGGUGGUAGUGCUGCCGACAACGAAAGCGCAGCACAGGGAAUGGAUGGCGUGUCGCCGCGCACAUCGCCGAAGAUCACGCGCCGGCGGUGGGCGGGCCGCUCGUCCAUUCGCGGUGCACCAGUGCAGCUGCUGCCGGGGCAGGAAGCGGGCCCCAUCCAGCCACGUAAGGAUGACGACGACAAUGAAGAAGAGUCCACCAAGUUUGUCGAGGAAGAGAUUGUUGAAGACGAGGUGGACGAUCAAGUCGGCGACAUGGCGCACGAGGAUGCGCGUGCAACUGCGGGGUACCUUCGCGAUACCGUGGAGCGCUUCAAGGAGAAGAUGGUUGCAAACUGGGACAACGGCACAAACAGCGGAUACGUGCAGGAGUACAGGUCACUUCAGGCCACAGGCCUCACUCAGACGUGCAAUGCUGCGGUUGCCGAGCCAAACCGCCUGAAGAACCGCUACGGAAACAUCCUUGCCUUUGACAAGUGGCGUGUCAAGCUCCCUGUUGUGGACGGCAACCCUUACACAGACUACAUCAACGCCAGCUUUGUAGACGCGUACAAGCAGCCCAACGGCUACAUUGCCACGCAGGGGCCCGUGCCAAACUCGUUUGUCGACUUCUGGCGCAUGAUCUGGGACCAGCGCGUGUGCACGAUUGUGAUGGUGACGCACGAGGUUGAGGGCGGGCGCAUGAAGUGCCACCGCUACUGGCCAGACCCAACCAGCAACCCGCCCGUGCUGCAACUCACGUACGGCGACGUCAACGUCGUGCACGUGUCGUCAAAGCCCCACAAGCAUUACAUCCUGCGCACGUUCAGCGUGACGCGGGGCGACGAGCCGCCUCGCACUGUUCGCCAGUUUGCAUUCACGUCGUGGCCGGACCACGGUGUGCCGCUGACCACGCACGAGAUGCUUGGCUUCCGCAACGCCGUCAACGAGCGCACGGAGGACAAGACGGCACCCAUUGUCAUCCACUGCUCGGCCGGGGUUGGGCGGACAGGCACGUACAUUGCCAUUGACACGCUCGUGCGCCAGGCCCUGGAUAUGGGAGGCGACCUGGACGUGCGCGAGGUGGUGGCGUCGAUGCGCAUGCGACGCUGCUACAUGGUGCAGACGGAGAUCCAGUACAUCUUCAUCUACCGCGCGGUGAUGGACUGCCUUCGCGAGCUGCUGCACGGCGAGUCGCGCAAGGCGGAGAAGAUGAUGCAGGACGAGGCCGAGCAGGAGGCCAUGCGCAAGGCAGCGGAGGACGCAGAGCGCGCCAAGCGGAUUGAGCGCGAACGAGAAGAGCGCGAGAUUGAACAGGCUCGCAAGGAACUGUUGGCGCGCGAGGAGACGAGUGUGGAUAACGCGCGUGCUGUGGUGACGACGAGCAUCCAAGCUCGCAUGCAGAUGCUCAUGGACGCCGAGAAGCGCUGGAUGGAGAACUACCAAAAGUCCUUGCAAGAGUGGAACGAACGCAACCAGUUUGAGGCUGAGCAGUAUGACCUGACGUCGAGCCUGACACCGGUGCAGUCACGGCGCGAGGCACUCAAGCAGAAGGGGCUGCUCAUCUGAUGCGCGUGCGUGUGUGUGUGUGUGUGUGUGUAUUUGUGUGUGUGUGUGUGUUUGCGUUCAAAAUGCACCCCGCACGACGAGAGUAGCACCCUUGUGUGCACAUCUGCUCGUCUGUCUGCCUGCCUGCCUGCAUACUUGUGGUGAUAAUAGAACCAACUGUUGUGUGUAGUUUUUUGUGUGCAUGGUUAUGACCUUGCGGGUUUCAUGACAACAAUGUGCUUUCUCUUUGACAUCCUGCCCCCCUCCCCUCGCCUUCGCAUCUGCCUGUGUCCGCUGUUGUUGUGCGCUAGGUCGCACACUCGAAGUAAAACGCUUCUCUGUAC